UGACAUGUGACACGUGACACGUGACACGUGACAUGUGACCGAGCUGCUGUUGACAUGACAGGAAGAAAUGUCCGAGCUAGUCCGGCGUCGCAUCGAUGAACACACCUGACGCCCGUGUGAAGAUGUUGGAGGCGGCUCAGCGGCGGGAGAAUAACUCCAUAGCGGUGGCGGUGAUCCCUGAGAACCAGCACUGUGGAAAGGUAGCGGACGUCCACAAAGCUGAGCUCGCUCCCAGAGGCUCCCUGCUCGGCUGUCUCGGUGUCGGGGGCCGGCUGGUGGUGUGGGACCCGGCGGACAGAGAGGCUCCCCCGGCUGUACUGGACGGCUGCUGCGCAGAUUUCUGCUGGGAGGAAGUGACCGUCCACAGUCCAGGCGUCAGCAGCUCCAGACUUCUGGCUGUCGGAUCUCAGUGGGACCUGAGGCUGCUGGAGGUGGAGGCAGAACGAUCAGCCUCCGUUUCUCUGCUCUGUGUCUCUGAAUGUCCUGCAGACCAACUGCUGCAGACUGUCAGAGAGCAGGACCACAGUGUGUGUGAGCUGCAGUCGCUGCGUCUGUUGUCGUUCGCUGCCGGCCGCUGCUGUGUGCUGCUGAACGGCGACUGGCUGCUGCAGCUGCGGUGGCGGCAGGUGGAGGAGGAGCUCCAGAUGUUAUCCUGCAGCAGCGUCCAGCUGACCGACAGCAGCAGACACGCCGCCGUCCACCACUGUGUCUGCAGAGAAACCUUGUUCAUCCUCAGCUCCACCGGACUCAUCUCUGUGUAUAACAUCAGUGAUGGCCGUCUGCUGGCCAGCGUUGACCUCCCUGCCUACCUGAGCUCUGGCCUGGCAGAGGACGACGUCGCCCCCUCCUCUUCCACCUUCUCCUCGUCCUCCUCCUUCCGCCUCCUCCAGGUGUCGGCCGAUCUCAGCACAGCCGUCGCCGUCACUCAGUCCCACGCGGCUGCCGGCGUCGACCUCGACCACUACUUCAGGAUGUACCCAGACCACCUCCUGUGUGCUGUCCCCCCUGCUCGCCCCCCGCUCCAGCCGCAGCACGUAAGAGACCAGGACAGCCUGUCGAGCUCCAGCUGCAGCCUCGCCGCCCUCGGAUCGACCUUCAGUGCUGACCGCUCCUGGGAAGCUCGUCUGGCCUCCAUGUACAGCAGAGCCCAGCAGGGUCCAGCUCCCCCUACUUCUGCCUCCUCCUCCUCCUCCUCCUCCCAGCCUGCCAGGACAUCCUGGUCCUCCUCGCUCCCCCACCUGACGUCCCACCAGGCUCCGUCCGCGGCCCGCAGCAGAGUCCCUUGUGGUGGGGCAAGCGUCGCUUUCUCCGCCCCGGAGUCGUCCGCUCCGUCUUUGCUCACUGUCUCCGAGUUCUCUGCCCUGCUGACCUUCGUGUCCCCUGGAAACAGACAGACCACAGUGGCCUCGUGGGAUUUUGAGUCCGGGAGUCUGAGCUACCACCAGGCGGAGGGUGAGGCGGCUCCGGUUCAGCGCUGUGGAGAGAGACAGCACAGACUGCUGCUGAGCAAGGCCGGUCUGUUCGAGGUCUUGUUCUCAGUUUCCCAGCAGGACUUGCUCAGCAGGUUGAUGCUGUUUGGCAGCGCGGCAACGGUAGAUGCGGUGUGUCACCUGAACAGCUGGGGGCGCUGCUCCAUCCCCAUCCACGCCCUGCAGGCUGGACUGAAGAACCGUCAGCUGGAUACGGUCGAUUUCUACCUGAAGAGCAAAGAAAACGUGCUGAGCCCCGCGACGGCAUUCGGUGCCGCUGAUCAGCCAGCAGCCUCCACGCCGAGCCUGACAGACAGUGUCCGCGAGUUGCGUCCUGCGUUGGACCUGCUGUGCUCGGCUGUCAGAGACUCAAACUGUGAAGCUCAGAGCCGACAGUUCUCAGAGCAGCUGCUCAACAUCACCCUGAGCUUCGUCAACACACAGAUCCGCUGCGUGCUGUCAAGCACACACCAUGAGGAUGCAGGCGUACGGAGCUGCGUGGACGUUCUGGACCAGUACGUCACCGAGCUGCGGCGCUACAUGAAGCGGUUUCCCUGGCCCCCAGGGAGCGACACCUCCGGCACCGGCUCUGCUGCUCCUGCUCAGGAGGAGGCGCAGGAGGACCAGUGGGAGCAGCUCCCAACAGAGGAAGUGGUCCGCCAGUCCAUCCUGACCAAUCAGAUCCCCAGAGCUCAGGCCGUCCUGAGGAGGCGGAGCUGCCCAGAGCAGCGUCUGUCGGCUCUGCGGAUGGAGGGUCAGCGGCAGGUCUUCUCCUGCCUGCAGCGCCGAGACCUGCAGACCGCCAAUACACUCCUCAUUAACAUGGGCUUCAGUGUGAAGAAGCAGCUCCACAGCAUCUGCCUUUACACUGAUGACAAGGACCUGAGGGAGUUUGUGGUGGAGGAGCUGUCAAGGCGGAGUUAUUUUCCUAAGGAGGAGAUGCAGAGUGUGGCGUUCAUAAGGGAGAUGGAAGGGUUGGGAUCACUGCCUGCAUCCCGCUACCCUGCCAAUACCACAUCACAAAGGGUUGUUCAGAUGGUCGCUGGGGAGACAGGAGCUGGUGAGGAGGUUCUGGAGGAGCUGGCGGGACAGAGGAGGAGGUCUGACGAGGAGGGGGGGCUCUGGAGGAACCUCAGAUUGGACUGGGUGAGGAACUGGGACGAGAGCUGCCAGACCACCGUCCUCCUGUCCAGGCUCCAGCACACGGAGUUAAGUUCCUGUGACCCUGCGGUGUUGUGGCGUUACCUGACCGCCCUCCAUGACCAGGGCCGGGUGGUCAACUGGAUCCAGAACCGGGAGACCAGCGACGCCUCCCUGUGGCCGGAGUUAGCCCCAGAACUGGUCAACGACAACACACUCUGCAGCACCUACAUGAGGGAGAACAUCCUGGACCUGCUGGCCAGGACGGGCCUGUUCAUCCCAGAGGAGCUGUCAGAUUUGGAGCAGCUGCUGUGGAGGCUGGCUCAGGGCGGAGGGGUGAUGGCUUCGUCUCCUCCCAUCCCUCAGUACCGCUCUUCCCUCGGCCUCGACCUCCACAGCCUCUUCAUCACCUUCUGUCUGGAUCACGGCCUGCAGUACCUGCUCUACACCUACCUGGAGCACUACAGAUUGACACCCAGAAACUGCCUUCUCCUGACCAAUAAGAGCUUGUCUGAGAGUCAGCCCUGGUUUGAGAUGCUGGUGAAGAUCCAGGAGAUCACCAGAGAUCUGUCAGACCCAGGACUGGUCUUCCAGGCCAGUUUAACCAGUGCUCAGGUGCUGCUACCAGGCAGCCAGGCGUCUCUCAGCAGUCUGCUGUUAGAGGGACACAGUUUGCUGGCCCUGGCUGCCAUCAUGUUCGCCCCCGGAGGAAUCGACCAGGUGGUGGUUCAGGGUGAACGGUCCGGCAGGUCAGGGACGACAGUCGACCCUCAGCUCCUGAAGAUGGCGCUGGCCCCCCACUCCAAGCUGAAGGCUGCCCUCUUCCCUGCCGGGCCCCGGGGAAGCAGCCCGUCCUCCGACAUCUCCGUCUACCACCUCUUGCAGUCGCUCCAUCCUCUGGACCCGUCCAGGCUGUUUGGCUGGCAGGCGGCUAACACCCUCAACUCCACCGAGAUGUCCGAGCUGCCUCACUUCUCCAGCCCUCACCUGGUCAGCAGGUUUGCUCUGGUGGAGAACCUGGACUUCCUGUACUACCUCCGUCAUGGCCGGCCGUCCUUCGCCUACGCCACCUUCCUCGUCCAGCAGCUGAGCAGCUGCAGUGACGUAAGGCUGCUGUUGCAGCAGGCCUGGCAGCAGGUGUACAGGUUGGCCCUGCAGUGUUUUAAUGUGCUACCUGUGGCCUCCGCCGCCGUUUGUUUCUGCGAGCUGCUGGGAGUCUGCAGCCUCAAGCUGAGAGUCGACAUCAGAGCCGCGAACGUCAUCCUGCAGCACUGGAACCAACACGACACGCGCUCCCCUCCGGCACAGCAUCUACACACUCUGGUGUCUAAAGGAGUGAAGCUGGCAGAGGCGGAGCCUGGAGCAGCCGAGGAGCUGAUUGGCUACCUGGAAGCUGCGGUGACAUACAGUCUGGAGCAGAAGGGCGUCGGCAGGUCGUCCUAUGAGGCAGCUCAGGAGUGGGCGCUGCCCGUUCAGUUCUGUCAACUCCACAGCCUGGAGCUCAGCUCUGUUUACCCCGCCCACUGCGCCGCUGACGGACAGUUCGUCCACUUCCUGUUGUUCGUCCAGCUGCACAACUUCCCGCCCCAGCAGGUGAGGACACUGGUGGCUCAGUUUGGACCCACCCUCCAGGCCCACCUGAGUCUGGCGUUUCAGGACCUGCAGGUGUACAAUCCGAGGAGAAGCUGUGGCUCUGAAGAGCAGGCGCGGUGUCUGAGCUCAGAGAAGGCCCCUGGGAGUCCGGAGCACCCUAGGGAGCUGUUCCAGGUCCUCCUGCAGAGCCAGGAGGAGGUGUCGGCCUGCAGGUACCUGCUGCAGGAGGCUCUGGUGCAACGCUGUCCGACACUGGCUGUACUGGCCGCCUGUCAACAGGGGGCGGAGCUGCUGCCCUGCCUGUGUGUGUGGGUGUUGACCUCCGUCGAUGGUGUCACGGUAGGAGAGGCCACCUCCCACCUGCUCGAGGCCGCCCAGCACCACGAGUGGACCCUGCAUGACCUGUCGAUCAUCUGGAGGACGCUGCUGGAGCGGGGCCACAUCAGGCCCCUCCUCCGAGGAUUUGAGCUCUUCCAGAGGGACUGUCCCCUGGUGUUGGUGCUGAGGAUGUUUGAGCUGUGUUGUCACUACAGGAACUUCUCUGAGGCCAAAGCGAAGCUGCUGGACUUUCAAAGGACGCUCAUCACGUUGAGAAACGGCGGUCCAGUACCCUCCGGUGGACUCCCCCUGCAGUGGGUGGAGAGCCAGGCCUCCGUGCUGCUCCUCACUAUGCUGCAGCGCUGCCCCUCCCAGUACGACCUGCACCGUCUGCUGCAGCUUCUGGCCGACGUGGACAAACUCCUCAAAUCCAACGGUCCAGACUUCAGGAAGCUGAGUCAGCUGAGUCAGUUGCUGCAGGGGUCGGAGGUCAGCCUGUCUCCCAGGCUGCUGCAGUGCAGUUCUCCCUCCGUCCAGCAGGGGGAGUUCCAGGCUGCUGUGGACGCUCUGCAGGCCAGGGGGCACUACAGCCGGGCCAGACAGGUGGCUGUGCUGGCCGGCCUGCCCGUCCACCACCUGCUGCUCAGCCAGCUACUUCAGGAAGUGAACUCCCAGAAGUCCAAGACACAGUGGAGGAGGCUGGAGACCAGAGUCAGUUUCUGGAAGAAAUGUCAGGAGCAGCUGAAGAAUGACAGCACUGAUCCAGAAUCAGCCUCCCAGUUCUUCCUGUCACAGGCUGAAGCCGGGUUUUCAGACUCCUCCAAAGCUGCAGAGGCUCAGACGGAGCUGCUGGAUGUCCAGGAGCGCUGCCUGCUGCUCGGCCUCGCCGCUCACUGGCUGUCCCUGCUCAGCCCGGCUCCUGUGGACAAACUGGAGAGCCUGGAGAACAAGCUGUGGAUCAGCCGGGUCCGACGGCGUGUCCUCGCCGUCGCCAUGGAGAAGGAGAGCGUUUUCAACCUGCCCCCGCCCGCCGUCACACCUGAAAUGAACACUUUCGAAGUGCUCAUGAAGGAGUUCUCCUUCCGUAACAUAUCGGCUCUGAAUACAGAGAAGUGCCUCGGCCUGGAGGGACUCCCAGGUCCCCCUGAGGAGCAGGAGGAGCUGAAUAUCAACUCAGGGUUGAGUCCAGAGGAGAGGACUGUUCUGGCUGCACUGAUCAGUCAGUUAUUAGACGACGGCAGUAUCCAUGAAGCCAGUCGUAUCUGCCGUUAUUUCUCCCUGUAUCACCCGGACGUGUGGCUGGUGCUGCGCUGCCGAGGCCUGGCAUCCGGAGAACUCGACCCCGACCCACUGGAAGAGGCGUCAGAAAGUCUGCCAAGGAAGAGCAUUACCAGCUCUCUCUCAUUCAGCAACCUGUCGUCGUUCAUCAUGGUCCCCUGCCCUGAAGACGAGGUCGCUGUCCAGCUCCAGAAACUGGUGGAUCAGUGUCGCCACGGCAACAACUACUGCAAACAAGUCCUCAGCCUCUACCAGCUCUCCAAGGAGCUGCAGAGCUCCUUCAGUCAAAUCUGCAGGGAGGAGCCUCGCUCUGUGUUGGAGAUGCUGCUGCUGUCGGAUCAGCCGGAGCGCUUCAGAAAGGCCCAGGCCUUCAUCAAAGCUCAGGGUCUCUCUGCAGACACCGUGGCCGAGCUGGUCUCCUCUGCUGUGGUCCAGGCACUGCUGGCCUCCACCCAGGAGCUCCAGCCUGAGAAGCAGGUAUUCAGGCCGUCGGAGGGACGGGACUCCCUGAUCCAGUUGAUCAAACUCUGUGACGACCCGAACCUGGUGGGAGUCAAGCUGCUGGAAAACCUCACCGAUGUUCCACUGAGAGACCUGAGCUGCAUCGUGGAGCUGCUGAUCGUGGCUCACGACUGUUUCAGUCUCACCUGUAACAUGGAGGGGAUCGUCAGGGUGCUCCAAGCCGCCCGUCACCUCAGCCACACCUACCUGGCCCCAGGCGAGCACUACAGCCUGCUGGUAAGCCCCUCCCGCUCACCUACAAGCCAAAGGGGCUGUUAUUUACCUACAGGUUGUUGUUUGCCUCAGACGCUCCUUAUUUUGAAAAGACUUUGCCUCAACGCCCAUCUCUCCCUCCUGGUACAGAGCUCCAGUCUGAAGACGGCUCUGCUGGAUUACAUUAAGCGCUGCCUCCCUGCAGACAGCGAGAAACACAACAUGGUGGCGCUGUGUUUCAGCAUGAGGAGGGAGAUCGGAGAAAACCACGAGAUGGCCGCCAGGACUCAGCUGAAGAUCAUCGAGUCUCAGGCCUGGGUCGUCACUCCUGAUCUGAAGAGUUCGUUGGUCAAAGUGUUGGGUCUGCUGAAGGACGCUGCAGAGAGCUUCUCUAAGGACUCAUGUGUGCGUCAGGCGACCCGCUGUGUCCGGACGGCCAAGCUGGUCGCUCUCCAGCUCCACUUCCUGAACCAGGGAUCGGACCUGCGCGUCAUCAACCUGCGACCUGCAGAGCUGCUGAACACCGUCAUCGGGCUGCCGCGAUGCUACCAGGUGUUCGUGGUGUCGGAGGCGUACAGCUACAGUCCAGACUGGGCAGAGAUCUUGUACCAGAAGGUGAUCCUGAAGGGAGACUUUGUCUACCUGGAGGAGCUCAAACGCCACCGCCCGCUGACCUCCAGCCUGUUCGAGGACAUUUUCAAGAAGCUGGAUGGCGCUCCCAGCAGCGUCACCCCAAACGUGAAGCGCCUGCUGACGCACUGCGACGACGCGUACAGCCGCUAUAGGCUGGCCUACCAGCAAAGUCUGUACGACGUCACCAAAACCAUGCUGCAGGACACCAAGACCUCCAACUACCUGAACGACAGACUCGCCAGCUGAUCAACGGACUCGCUGACUGACCGGCUGGUUUGUUGACUGGCUGCACGUUUUUAAGCCAGUUGAUGAAGACAACAGAACCAAUAACAAAUAACCGAGAAACUGUCAAUGUGCAAUACUUACCAAAACAAAACUUAUCUUCAGUGGAGAUUAAAAUACAUUAGACUGUAAUGUUCUUCUCACAAAAUCAUGGAUAGCAUGACUUCAUAUACUGCAGAUCCAGAGAUGGGCUAAACGAGCAUAAAGUCUUCAUAAUAUGAAAGAGCAACUCUGUGAAAAUGUACAUUAAAGACACAUUUUUAACUUG